AUGAUUGGAGAUGAAAAUAGUUUAAGUAUUGAUCCAAUGGAUGGUGACGAUGAUGUUUUUCAAAUGGAGUCAAACACGGAAGAACCACUACACCCACCAAAUGACUAUGUCGAAGUGGUUGAGCCUACUAAUGAGUGGACUGCUUGGAGGGAAACACUAGCUAUUUCAAUGUUUAAUGAGUGGCUGAUGGACUCUACAGCUAGCGUGGGACGUGGGCCAAACGUAAACAAUCAACAGCGGGUUUGGACGUUUGAAGAAGAACGUGCAUUAAUCCAAGGAUUAAAGGAACUCAUUGCACGUGGAUGGAAAGCUGAUAAUGGGUUCCGUUCUGGGUACACAAUGUUUUUAGAACAAUAUAUGCAGCAACAGUUUCUGGGGACUACAAUUAGAGCCGAGCCUCACAUCUCGUCGAAAAUUACGGUAUGGAAAAAAAACUAUGUUUUACUUGUACCACUGCUUUCGAACACGUCCGGUGUUGGGUGGUCUGAAUUCGGCCACAUACUAGAAGUAGAAGAGCCCGUGUGGCAAGAUUAUGUGAAGGUUCGCAUUAGUCAUCAAACUAAUCUCCACUUUGUUCAGCGUGGCGUGGUUGGUGGGGACUUCGAAUCCAAUAAGAAUGAAAUAGAGUCAUCUCCGCCACAGGGUGUUGAAAGUAGUGCAUCCGAGAAAGGUAAAAGGGUCGGCAAACGUAAAUGUUUUAAAGAUGCGGAGGUUGAAGUUGUCGGCCUACUUUCUACUUUAUGCGAGAAGGCCGAUCAACGGUGGUGUCAAAUGGUGGAACGUAUUGGGCACAAUGUGAAGGAGCAACGCAAGGUUUUGUAUGAGGCAUUGAAGUGUAUUCCCUUUUUGACUACCGAAGUAAGAUUUAUCGUAUCGAAGUACUUUUGUAGGAACAAAGAAGAAAUGGACGUUUUUUUCAACGUGGAUGAUGACGAAAAAGCGUCAAUGGUGAAAAUGAUCCUCGAAAAUAGGUACCAUCAACUGAAGAUGAACAAUGCGGAACGUCAUGCUAGCAUGCUACAUAUUGUAGAGAGGUAUCGUCGGCCCGGUUGGUCAGCGAAUGAGGAGAGGGAGCGUUAUCGCCUUUUCUUCAACCUUUGUCGUAAAACCCCCGACGUCAACGUACCUGCCAUCUUCAACUCCUUAUGGCCCCAACUUUCGAUACACUUGACCGAAGAGAUGCUAACAUAUUUCUCCAUGGUGAAGGUUAAGGCUAAGAUCAAGGCACUCCACAGGAACUUUCGGGAGUUCCUUAAGUUUCUUAAGACUCCCGGUGUCAACGUGCAUGCGGAAUCGGGUCUUAUCACUGUAAAUUCUACAUACUUGUCAGAGUGUGUGGAGCUGUGGGAUCUUAGACGUGUUGUUGAUGUGCACAUCGAAGCCGGUGAAAGAGUGUAUGACCCGAUCAUGUUCGACGACACGGAUGAGGAAAAUGUUGCUGCCGAUGACCCCAACGGUGGAGACGAUGUUGAUGGUGCUGAGUUGGCUGUCGGGAAUGAAGACGGUGACGGGGCCGCCAAGGUGGACUACAUGAACGGCGAGGAGGAGUACGUGGUUGAAGGCGUGGAGGCAGAUUACGAGGAAGAAGACGUGGCUGAAGCCGCCGCAGUCGAGUUGGUUGACAUUGAAUCGGACGAGGCACCAGAGGAAAUGGAUAUCGGCACAGACGUCGACUCCUGCGUUGACUCAGACUAG